AUGCCCACGCCCCCUUCGCUUCAUGACACUCAGUUUCGCCAACCUGUGGCCUUCACUAAAAACCGAAAUCGCUGGGGGUCCGCUGUCUCCAGUCGUUGGGGCUUCUUCAUUUUCUUUUGGAUACUUGCUAUCAUGAUCUACAUCCUCCUUCUAGUCCUAUCCAUAGUCGGAAUUACCGGUGGCGGUUUCGGGCAGCUUGGUGCUAUCUCCUAUGAUACAAUUCUCAGUGUUGAGAACUCUGGUGAAAGCCUCGUUACGACUUCUCUCAUCGCCAAUCUGCCACAGCUGAUAUUUUCAUUCCUCUGUGUCACUUACAACAGCCUCUUAACUUCAAUGUGCCUCUCCACCUAG